UUUAACCUAAGACGACUCAGCAGACAGAGAGCGUCAGCUCCAAGGAGAGACAUUUGCCUUGUGCAGGCACUGGAGAUAUGAACACCAUCGACGCGCAGAUCUAUAACAAUAAUUCCGCUGCUGUCAACCCUCUCCAGCAACUGCCAAAAAGCGUACACGAGACCCCAGAUAUGGCCGUGUACUGUGAAAACUUCAGUGUGUAUCACCAGCAGAGCUUACCUGCGGCUCAGAGACCAGCAGGAUACGGCUUGGGGGACUACGCGCCGUCCCCAAACCCCUACCUGUGGCUUAAUGGACCUGGUGUCAACUCCUCUUCGUCCUACAUACAUGGAAACAACAGCCCCUCAUUCAUUCCUCCAGCUUACGGCUCUCAGAGACAAUAUCUCACUAACUCGUCCGGGUUCGCCGGUCCGGACCUGGGCUGGCUCUCCAUCGCGAGCCAAGAGGAACUUUUAAAGCUCGUGCGUCCGCCUUACUCCUACUCAGCUCUGAUAGCCAUGGCAAUACAGAACGCGCACGAGAAGAAGUUAACCUUGAGUCAGAUAUAUCAGUAUGUGGCGGAUAAUUUUCCGUUUUACAAGAAGAGUAAAGCGGGAUGGCAGAACUCUAUCAGGCAUAAUCUUUCCCUGAAUGACUGCUUUAAAAAAGUGCCACGUGAUGAAGACGACCCAGGCAAAGGAAACUAUUGGACUCUAGACCCCAACUGUGAAAAGAUGUUUGACAACGGGAACUUUCGGAGAAAAAGGAAGCGCAGAUCUGAUCCAAGUACAGGUAUUGCCAGCAACUCAAAACCAGAGGACGAUCGACAGCUUGCGGGGAUCAAACCCACCGACAGCCCUCACCUCACCGGGCCCGCAUCUCCUGAGUUUGAUGCGGCCCAUGAGAGCCACAAAGGCGCAUCGCCUGCAGGCCUAGCGCCCACUCAAUGCUUUAACAAUUUCUUCAACAGUAUGUCUGCUUUAAGCUCUCCUUCAGCUCCUACUAGCAGACAGGGCUCUCUAGGUUUGGUAAACGAGCUCUCCAGCCGAAAUAUCAGCGCCUUGGGUCCGUACCAUUCCGGCUCAGCACCUGACGCAAGUGGACCGAGUGAGCUUCAGGACAGUGUACACGUUAACCGUGGGAUGUACUAUAACUCUUUUACUGGCGGCCAGAGCGCGCAGUUUAAUGGACACUUCUACAACAGCUUCAGUGUGAACAGUCUCAUGUACCCUCGAGAUGGAACGGAGUUAUAGCUCGUGCUUUUUUAUUCCAGAACGCCAUCAAUUUCGCCCAACGUCCGCUCAUUGUCACAAAUAGGCCUUUGUUUGCUGAAAGAAAGAAAAAACAUUAUAUUACUCUACUACUGUUUUUGGCCUAUUGUAGUUCAACGGAAGCAGAUAUCUUGCGUUUAGGCCUGCUUAUGCAGACAUGAGAUAUUUAUGCAUAGAACAUCAUCACGAGUGGACUUUGAUGUAUUAGUGUUGAAACGUGAGAAAAAUCAAUUGGCUUCUAGCUACAUUGGAUUUUUUUUCUAUGCACUAAUUUAAAAGGAUUAUUCUUUUUAUAUGAAAUGUAUAACUGUGUUAAAUGCUUAAUGUUUGUAAUGAGCUCUGAGUAGAUCAAUUCAAUGGAGGGAUUGCCUGGGUUUGAUUGCCAAGAUUCAGUAUUGUCCAAAACUUUGUUUCCCGACCUCCUUUUUCCAUCCAUUUUCUCUUGUGUAUUUUGUAAAUGCAUUUGUCUUGUUAUAUACAGUUGUUUUCAACUAUUUAUAUUAAGUUAUGUAUUUUUGCAGUUUGUCUUUAAAGGAGUGAAAUAUGUCGUCUUGUAAGCUAACUGUAAAUGGUUAAAAAUUGAAUUUGUCUACCUUCAAACGUGAUUUCGAAUGUCAUCCCACUAACUCACUUGAUUUUAAAUGACAUAGUUUAUAAUCUUUACACUGAGUUAAAAGUCACUACAUUUAAUUUGAUUUCUUUCGCAAAAUAAAUAUAUUUGAAAGAAAUUCAAGUUCG